ACAAUCUGCAAAGUUGAUAGUCAUAAAUCAAUUUACUCAAAACUCGAUUUUAAAGAGCUGUAAUUGUAUCCACCGGCGCACAAUAGCCUCCAGCAUGGACGUCCCCGAAUCACCACCACCAAAUUCCUCCACCGCCGCUGCUGCCACCGCCGCCGCUGAUCUGGUGGAAGAUCCGCUCUCCAACCCAUAUUCCUCCCUCAAUUCCCACUGCCACGAGUUAUCCACCCUCCAGGACCUCGCGUGUCGCGGCUCGUGGCGUACUGUCCUCGACAAAGUUGCACGCGCUCGAUCCCUUUCCCUCCUCAACAAGCCCCAUGAACACCUAAUAUACCUUACCUUCAACCUCCUUGCCCUCAUCAAACUCCGCCGCUUCUCCGAUGCCCAACUAGAACUCGAAAACCUAGACGAUGAUCUGGACUCCAGGCAGUAUUUAUUCGAAUCCUAUCCUCAACAAUAUCCAAAUCAUCACCCGGGAUCCAUGGUUCCUUUUGCGCUCCGUUGGCUACAAGCCCACUUGCCGCUUACCCUCGGGAACCGACAAUUAUCCCUUGACCGCCUUUACUCUCUCCUACAUUUCAUCCGGAAUAAGAAAUUAAAACCCGUAUCCCGCGCCAUUGAUGAGCGUGAUAAUAAGGGUGCUAGUGAUGAUAAUGUUUCGCAGGGGAUCUGGAAAAAGCGUGAGGGAUUGGUAAUUAAUACGAUUAUAAGUUAUCAUUUGAGCCAGAAGGAGUUUAAGGUGUGCUUGGAUUUGUUGAGGGCGGAGAUAGGCGAGAAAGAGGAUCCCAUAUUGUUGUCUAAGUUGGGUUGUGUGCAAAUGCAGUAUGGGGAUUUGGAAGGGGCGAAGAUGAGUUUUGACGCGGUUGAAAAAAUGGUGGCUGGGCAUGAGACUAGUGAUGUGAGCUUGAAGAAUUUGGUUAGUAGGAAUAAGGCGAUGAUUUACUUGGUGGGAAAGGAUUAUGUGUCAGCGGUAAGGGAGUAUGAGGAGUGUAUAGAGAGGGAUGGAUCAGAUGUUGUGGCGAUUAAUAACAAAGCUCUUUGUUUGAUGUACUUGAGGGACUUAUCGGAUUCAAUUAAGGUAUUGGAGAGUGCAUUGGAGAGAAUUCCGACAAUGGCACUGAAUGAGACACUUGUAGUGAAUUUGUGUAGUAUGUAUGAGCUGGCUUAUGUGAAUCACGCAGACAUAAAGAAGACACUUAGUAAUUGGAUUGCGAGAGUGGCUCCCGAUGAUUUUGAUACUUCAUGUACCCGGAUAUGAGUGUUGAUUUGCAAAUGUCAAUUCUACAAAUGAAGUUACGUGCAUCUGCACCUUUUAUAAAGCAACUGUAAGGACUCUUCCUGUAUAAGUAUAGUCUGACUUGGAGCUGUUAAGUCGAAAAACGUUAAGUUUUAAGAAACCGGAUCGCUUUGCAGUAAAAAUAAUUAGCAGAAAAUUAAAAAGAUUCAAACACAAAGAUAUGUUUUCGCCCUAAAAAGGGCUCGGAUGUUCAGUCUUGCGACCUAAUCACCGGUUGAGCAUCACCAAAAGGUGAUAAAGCUCAAGAUCCACUAAGUAUCAACCAAAAACAGUACAAUAUGUACUUCGAGUUUCCUUUCACCUCUAUUCAAAAAAUUGUAAUCCAACUUACUCUCAAUCGCUAACAAACUAUACAACACAAUCAGAAACCAUCACUAAGAUUACAGAUUGAGAAAUCACCAAGAACAUAUCGAAUUACAGUAACCCAAGAAUCCUAAUCUAUCAUUCAGAGAAAAGGAGAGAAAAGCGAAAGGUUGAAAAACUUCGAAUGGUCUAGAAUCAGGGCCAAAACCAAGUAAGUAUCUAAUCAGUCAACCAUCCAAGGGUGAGGGUGAAGCCACGUGUACGGCUGAACCUCAACCAUUUAAGAGGCAAAAGCGUGUCUCUCUAAAACGCGUUUUAUAACUCGAAAUUAAUUCCAACAGACCAAGCCCACAAGUCUCAAUCUGGGCCAGCAAGAAAUGGUGAGGCAACCCAACU